AUGCCAAAAGGAAAGAAAAAGGGUAAAUACGAACAUAAAAGAACAGAACAAGCCUACUCAUCAGAUGAGGAUGCUGGCAUCGACAUGACCAUAGACAACUCUUCAGAAAUAUCAGGCCAGUCUGAAUCUAAGAGUAACCAUGAAGAAACAGAAAAUGACAUCCAAGAAAAACUAGAAGAGAAGGUGCUAGAAUUGAUUGAGGCUCUAAACGCUCGGGCUAAUGCUGCAAGAGCAGCUGCACUAGUGUCACUACAUGGCGCAUUGCAAAGACGUUAUUUUGCUGGGAUAUUGGCAAACCAUCGUGCAACUCUGGCUGACCACAUAUCGCGUGCGCUGAAGCGGGGGAAGGACGGUGAGCGGCGAGCAGCAGCGAACGUUGCUUCCCUAGUAGCUUUGCAGAUUGGCGAGGAAGGUACAGAUGAAUUCAUGAAGGAAGUAAGGCCUGCACUUUUCGCCGCUUGCACCGAUAAAUCUACCUCGCUCGAAACACGAACUGAGUGCUGCUCAUCACUUGCGGUGCUGUGCUAUCUUCUGGAAGAAGACAUCUCUGAAAUCGUCGAGAUUAUGCGCAUGUACGAGACCAUCUUCAGUGGCAGCUACCUUAAAGGUGACAGCAGCGUGAAGGUGUCGGGCGCUGUGGUUGAAGAAGGCGCGUGGCACGCGGCGGCGCUGGACGGCUGGGCGCUGCUGCUGGCGCUCGCCGAGCCGGCGCACGCGGCCGCGCUGCUGCGUGCGCACGCGCCCUCGCCCGCGCGCCUCGCGCAGCUGCUCGCCGCCGCCAGCCUCGACGUGCGCAUGGCGGCCGGUGGGGCGAUAGUGAUCGCGCACGAGCGCACGGCCGACGAGGACACGGCCUGGCCCGAGGAGGAGCUGCUGCCGGUGCUGGAGCAGCUAGCGCGCGACUCGCACAAGUACAGGGCCAAGCGCGACCGCAAAGUGCAGCGGGCCACCUUCCGCGACAUACUCAAGUACUUCGAGGAGGACGAGGUGCCGGAGCUGCGCGUGCGCGUGGGCGGAGAGUGCGUGUCGUGCGAGACGUGGGGCGCGCGCGCGGCGUACGGCGCGCUGGCGGGCGCGCUGGGCGCCGGCCUGCGCGCGCUCGCGCCGCACUGCGCGCCGCUGCGCCACGCGCUCGCGCUGCCCGCCGCCGCGCCGCUGCACGCGCCGCCGCGCCGCCUCGACAAGCUGCAGCGGCAUUUGCAGAAUAACGCAGCAUGCAAGGCAAGAACGCUGGCGCGCAACAAAAGUCGCGACAAGCGUUCCGCAGCGCUCGCUCUCUGA